AAAAUACGACCUUCGGCUUCUAGCACUCUCAGGGUACCAACUCGACUCCUCCGUUGCACCUCUCCUCACACCAUCUCUACGAACGAGACCCAUUAUGAGUUUUUUGAUGGGUCAUCUGAUGUGGAGCUGCGGUUAGAUCUUGGCAAUGGAGGAGACAUAAGUCCUAAAGACAUAUUUAUUGAUUCAAAUGAGAGUUCAUUAACAAUUAGAAUGCAGCAUUCUGGAUCCAUGCGAACUCUAAUGGAGACCUGUAUUCUGUAUGAGAGGAUAAAGCCUUCUGAGACCAUAUGGUAUAUAGAUGAUGAUCAAUUGGUUAUCAGCCUGAAGAAACUAGACCCUGAAGUGAAAUGGCCUGACAUUGUGGAGUCAUGGGAAUCCCUAACCACAGGGGUUAAGCAACUUCUCAAAGGAACAUCUAUAUACUUAGUUGGAGAAUCUACAGAAACCAAUCAGACAAUAGCUCGAGAACUAGCAGUUGGUAUUGGGUAUACUCCACUCAGUACAAUGGAUCUCUUGGAAGCCUAUACCAAGGAAUCCUUUGAUUCAUGGGCAAGCAAGGAGGGACCCGAUGCCGUGGCAGAUUCAGAGAGUGCCAUAUUUGAAAGCCUCAGUAGCCACACCCGUGCUGUAGUGGCAACUUUAGGAGGAGAGAUGCAUGGUGCUGCUAGAAGAUCCAACAGAUGGCGACAUCUCUUUUCCGGGUUCACAAUCUGGUUAUCUCAAUCUCAAGCUACAGACGAAGGUAUGGCAAAAGAGGAAGCCCGAAAGCAGAUGGAAGGUUAUCUUCAAGGUUACUCUAAUGCUGAGGUAGUAGUUAAGCUUGGAGGCUGGGAUCCUACGUACUCCAAGACAGUUGCUCAAGCUGCACUUAGUGCCCUAAAACAGUUAAUUGUGUCAGAUAAAAACCUCUCAGGUAAAAAGAGUCUAUACAUAAGAUUAGGGUGCCGAGGUGACUGGCCAGAUAUCAAACCCCCAGGCUGGGAUCCAUCAACUUCUGAAAGAACUUCUGUAUUGUAGAUUGGUAGUCUAUUUAUUAUUGGGUUUGUGCUAUUACUAGGGGACUUUUUGUUUCAAUUUAUCGGAUGCUGCAAGUUUUUGUAGUAUUGGCUUUUCCUGCAGAAUUGCUGUAGAAUACCUGCAAAACUUAAUUAAUAUAAGACUAAAUAGUCAAAUAGACCCAUGUACCCUUUUGGAUUGCUCAAUUUACCCCCUGAACUCAAACUGCUCAAUUUCACUUUUUUUUCAAGUCA